AUGGCAGAACCUCAAUCACCGAAUCAUAUCGGGACGCAGCAACCACCCCCUUACGACGCCCCAGACCGGAUACAAGAGCUGGAAAGCAACGUGGCGGCUUUGCAAAACCUUGUAAGUACCCUUCAGCAACGCCCACCGGCGAAGAUUCCUUGUGAAUACACAAGACUCUUAGAACACCUCGAUGUGCCCCCAGUCGAAGACCUUGACGAUCCUGAAUGGAUUGAGGAGGUUCUCAAAGAGCCCGGAAAGCUGCGGUUACAUAAACUUCAAUCUCGACUAUCAACUUUUUUUAUGCCUGUUGAUAUUCACCGGUUGCUCUUCCUAGCUUGGCCGUACUUCGAAGCUGCGGACCGUCGCUCCAUGAGCGCACUCACGCUAGCAAAUAUUGAACCCUGUCGCGUGCUCGGAAUCUCACCACCGGUCGCACUCCUCCUCAUGCUGAGAAUGUUCCCGUAUACUGCCAAGCUAAGCCGGAUUGCUCAAUUUGUCGGACAUGGAGACCAGUUGUCAAUGUUCUGGACCCCCUACCCACAUGCCUUCGCCGCAAAACUCUGUUACGACGCAAACUAUCUCGUCGAUAUUCUGGCACCUGACUUGAGAUCAGCAAACGCAUUAAAAGAGAUGAUACACCAUAUCACUUCCACGUUCUUCGUGACCUUGAAGUCUUGGUCAGACUUUAAGAUUAACUCGACUGGCAAGAAGCGAGCUAAACUAGCUAAACGACUACUCAGCAUCGAUGGCUAUGAAGAUUGGCAUCACAGAUGGAUUAUGAGGAGAGCUCUAAAAGCUGGAGAAAGAGACGGUUACUGGAUAUCAAAAUCAUGUUCUUCCUCAGUGAAAUUCACUGGGGAUGGACCCAUUCACACCGUGUCGAGGGAACAUGCCCUUCUGCAUUUUACAGAAUACACUUGGAUCGGCGAGGAUGAAUAUGCUAGAUCUUGA